AUGAACCAGUCUGGAUAUAAUUCUGAUUACGAAGAUGUAUACAAGUCGCCUGUUCUUUGGAUGUGGCUUCUGGCUGUUUUCAUUGGACCCUCAGUCGUUUGCUAUGUCUUUCUGCUCUAUCAUUUUUUUGCCAUACGAACUCUUCGUCAAGGGAUCAAUAAUCAUAUUGUUAUCGUUGUUCUCAUUCUGGGCCUCAUGUACACUCUCAUUGACAUUGCUAGUUCAAUAACAUAUUAUCGUUUACAUCGUCAGGUUUGGCCACAAUCACCAGCAUUUUGUUAUUUCUGGCUGUGGAUUGAUUAUGGAGUAUUCAAUACAAUCACCGUUUUAUUAGCAUGGGGUUCAUUUGAAAGACAUAUUCUUGUCUUUCAUCACCAGUUAACGAAUACUCGUUUCAAGCGCAUUAUUUUUCAUUACAUACCUAUGUAUUUUAUUCUCACGUAUAUGACCCUGUAUUAUACCGUGCUAGUAUUUUUCUAUCCAUGUCAAAAUGAUUGGGAUUACAACUGGGCUGUUUGUGGAGUGGAUGGAUGUUAUCAUGAGAAUGUGAUUAUAGCCUAUUUCGAACUUUAUUUCCAUGGUAUCAUACCCAUGAUAGCAAUCACAUUGUUCAAUAUUGCAUUGCUGAUUCGUGUCAUGUGUCAUAAACGAACGGCUCAACAACGAGUUGCAUGGAAAAAGUAUCGUAAAAUGGCUUUUCAAUUGCUCAGUAUUGUGGCACUUUAUCUAUCCAUCAAUUUCCCAUUAUCUGCUAUUGACAUGUUGAGUUUAGUCGGAAUCAAUGUCGAAGGUCAAGUAUCGCGUAUUAUAUCGUUUCUCGGAUAUCACACUAUUAUGUUUUUACCAUUUGUAUGUCUCGCAGGCUUGCCGGAAGUUUGGAAAAAAGUAAAAGGUAUUUUUCAUAUAACUACAGCACAAAUAGCACCGUUCCAAACUCAACCAAACAAUAACCACUGA